UGUUUAAAACAUUUUCUGUACUUUUUCUCUGGUCGGAAGAUAAAAGUGUUCUUUUUUUGUGUGUUGGAAUGGCGUCGCUGCAAAGCUCAGGGAUGUUGACGAAAGAGCAGAUGGUUUAUCUCUUUGAUCGAUUCGAUUACUUGACCUCGCAAUCUGAUGUGAAAAAAAGAAUCUCCGACGCCGUUGAGGAUAAACAGGAAGCUGUGGCUGUUACAACUGCAAUUCAAGAGGAGAUAUUCUUGGAGAUGGGAAUUGACCCAGGAUUUGGUAUUGGAUGCUUGGGAAAGCUGAACUCUGCGUUUGAAAACGAUAAAGAGUUGAUGAUUGGUUUCUACAAGUUUCUCGCUAAGGAGGAGAUGGCAUGUGAAGAAGCUGAGCUUGGACCAGAUUGUUUUCAACAGAAAAUGGAAGCACAACAGCAAUUACAUGAACAGCAACUGGAGAUGCUAAAGUAUAUGCGUAAGUUUCCUCUGGACGACCAAUCUGCUAUCCUUAAAAAGCUACAGAAGCAACUAGAGAAUGCGGAUUUUGAGCCUGAGGCAUCCCUUUUGUCAGGAGAGCAAUUGGAGGAAGCUGGAAGAAGAAGGGUUUCACCAGUUUUUGGAAGCAGAUGAUAGCUUUCUCGUUUCUCACAGGCCACUUCAAUUUGUAAACUGUCUCUUUCUCUUUUCACUUCCAUAUACUUAACCUUUUUAGAUGCAAAUGUAAGCAAAAAAUUUGGAUGAA